AUGGGUGGAUGGGUGAAUGGUGAGUGGGUGUGGGGUGAUUUGGGGGUUUCGGAGGUGGUUGAGGUUGGUUCGGUGGUGGGGGAGGAGAGGGAGAGUUUGCGUGUUUUGUUGGAGGCUUAUGAGGGGUGGGGUGAUGGUCACGACGUGGUUAGGUGGAGUGCUAAUGGGGGUGAAGAUUUUUCAGUGGCAUCUUGUUAUAAUGGUUACGCUAAUCUUCGUAUUCCUUUUGGUCCCCCUUGUAGAUUUGAGGAGGCUUUUGGAAUUGUGGGGAAAACGGGCGUGCCGUUUAAGAUUAAAGCUUUUGGAUGGAGACUUUUGGAGAAUCGGCUUCCAACCAAAGAUCUUUUGUUGAAGAGAGGUAUCCCGAUCCCUUUAGCUCAUUUAAAAUGUGCUUUUUGUGGCAUGGAACCGGAAACAAGGGAUCAUUCUUUUGUUGCUUGUAAUUUGGUUAAGAAUAUAUGGAGGGGUAUAGCUUUUUGGAUAGGAAAAAGGGGGAUAGAGGUUAACGAGUGUUAUUCAAGUUUUAUGGAUUGGCGCUCAUUUUGUAAAUCUAUAAAGUUAGAGGAAAAAAAAGUGGAUUUAAUUUGGCUUGCUACGACUUGGUCCAUUUGGUUGGCUAGGAAUGGGGUGUGUUUUAGGGAGGAGAAGUGGAGCUUGGAUGAUUUGCUUUGGAGGAUCAAAACUUCAGUUUGGAGUUGGACUUUUUGUAGGGAUAUUACUCAAUCCAAUUGUUCCUUUUACGAAUUUAGCAAAGAGCCUUUGUUUUUUUGUCGUAAUUGA